AUCACAUCGUCACCACAUGCAGUCCAGACUUGAAGCCAUUCAAAAAAUUACCGAAUUAGGAACAUCUAAACCCAUACCCCUUCAACGGAAGCACCUUACCCGUAAUAGCUCUUUGCUUUGACUACACGGCAUCCCGCAUACCUUGCCGGACGUUAUAUAUCAUCUUCCCGUAUUCGAUAUUUUGAUUUACGAUGCGACGGAAUUGAAGAGACGCUUUGACGGUUCGGCUCAAUUCUAUGCACCUCCAAUAACGAAAUUUUUGUGGCUGACAAGUAUUCCCCUUAUAUCAAGAUCGGGAAGACACCCGCGCUUCUUAGGCCUAGUUUCUUGAUACAGUGAGCAAAAAAUGGCAACUCCUCCUAGUUCUGACGAAGGGGAGAUUGUAGAGAAUGGCGUUGGAGACUUGAAGGCAACUUCACUGCCUCAGUUUGAAGGAACCGGUGUUGACCGUAUCGACAGAACUCGAGCUAGAUAUUCAAGAUCAAAAUCACCCGAUAAUGUGAACGGCUCGAGAUAUGCCCCCGGCCCUUCUCGACGAAGUCGCUCUCCUCGCGGACGUAAGCGUCCCCGCGAUGAUCGUUAUUUGCAUCGUGGUAGCCGCCUAGAUUCGGAUCCGCGACGAUUUCGCGUACACUACGAGGACAAUACCGACGGUUACCGCCGGUCGCGCUUGUCGUACGAUGACGAGGACCGCCCCCCUUCACGUUCGUCGGCGCCCAACCUCUACUAUGACGAUAGGGAUCGAGACUAUACUACUCGUACUAAAGGGAGAGAUCGAAGUCGAGACCGUGAAUCCCACCCUAGGAAGCGCCAUAGAAACCGCUCUCGUUCUCCGUAUAGACCACCGAACGAUAGAAAUCAAGGAGGCAAGUUGCGGUAUGAUGACAGCAGGCAUCAACGCGCUCCUGAUCAAGACAGCGUAGGAAGUGUUAGGUCGAGCCAUCAAGGCACCCCUCGGCAUUCACAAGAUCAUGCAAAGUAUCAUGAGCGACAAGAUUCGGUAGAAACACAAGGUACUAGCAAAGAUGACACUAAACGUGCACCAGGUAGUUCGGAGGAAACUACUCUUACAGCUCCAACCCAGCCCAGCGAACCGGAUAAGGACUACGAAGAGAAGCCUGAAAACAUAGAGGCGGAAUUAGAGCGCCGACGCCGACGUCGUGAAGAGCUUCUCGCCAAAUCACGCGGUGCUACGCCAAUGCUAGUCCAAGCUCUCCAGGCUUCCGAAAAGACGAAUGCAUCCUCGCCAGGGCGGACACGAGCAAGCACACCUAUGGUCAUUGAUGGAAACACGCCCGGUUCUUUUACCUCAUCGCCGAACUCACCAGCCCGUGCUCUUCAAGAAGGGAUGUCACCUGGUGCAAUCGAGAUUUCUAAUGAUCAAGAGCUCAUCAACAUCCAUGGUAAAUUUAAAGGUACUGAUGAUGAUGGGCCUUCCGCUGCAGACUAUGAUCCAACUGUAGAUAUGAGAGAGGAUGAAUUACGAGAUGAGCUUCGACAUGGUCACAUUGGCCCUCACGGAGAGAUGCUUCCUCCUGAUGAAAAGGCCGAAAUCGCUAUAAUAGAAGAGCCGCAAGCAGCAGAGAAGCCGAAGACUGACGAAGACGAAGACUUCGAUAUGUUCGCCGAAGAGUUCGAUGAAGAGAAGUUUGCUGUCCCCAAACCCGCUCAUCUAGACACCGCCGUAGACAACCACAAAGCCCCUCUUGCUGUUAUUCAGCCCAAUGCCGGUGGUAUUCUCGAGGGAGACGAUAAAGAUGGAUAUUACAAAAUCCGAAUCGGUGAGAUCAUGGACGGUCGAUACCAAGUCCAAACAACUCUAGGUAAAGGCAUGUUUUCCGGUGUCGCUCGAGCAGUCGACAUUACAAGUAAGAAAUUGGUUGCCAUUAAGAUGAUGCGGAACAACGAUGCUCUCAGAAAGGGUGGCUUUACCGAGAUCGCGAUUUUGCAAAAAUUAAACGACGCUGACCCUCUGUCUUGCGUUUGAGAACCUCAGCCUAAACUUAAGAGAGGUCUUAAGGAAGUUUGGUAACAAUAUCGGCAUUAAUCUGGGCGCGACGCGCGCCUAUGCACAUCAGAUAUUCGUUGCUUUAACUCAUCUUCGCAAAUGCAGUAUCAUUCAUGCUGACUUGAAGCCGGACAAUAUCUUGGUAA